CGCAGUAGCGGGCAGAUGCUGAAGAGAGAGAGAAGCAGGAUAUGGGAAAAAACAACAAGUGAGUGAACUGUUGCUCUGAAAAUAAAGUCGCCGUGCGCCGGAUUAAUUCACGGCGAAAGUCUGCAAAAGUAAGCAGUCAGAAUAUGUAGUUUUCUCUUUGAAGGUGCGAUCGACCACUUCGGCAUCGCUUCCACUGCUCCCGCUGCCUUGAGCGUUUUUCUUUUCUUUUCUUUUCUUUUUUAAUUAAAUGUUGGUUUUUUUUCUUUUUGGGCGGACGGUGCGGUCCCGCCAGCAUGCAGGACUCCAGGAUGACAUGUUGUAAGUUGGUAGUAUUACUAUGACUCUGUUUCCGCCGAGCAGAGUUUGGACCGCAGCGCAACUUCAGCCGAAGCGCCAGUAGACGCGCCUCAGUCUUUCGCUCGGGUCCUGGACCAGCUUUCCUGCGGCGUUUCUGUCUGAACCCGUGGGAUGAAAACCCACUGAAGACCGGGGUUUAAAAAAAAGGAGCAAAGAAAGAAGACAUCUGGACAAGUAAAGCGCCCUUCCCUCUAUGUGGUGGGUGAGAUGAACUCCAGUGGGAAUACUGUAGACCCCACCUGACAGCUCUCUGCCUGAGCAACUGAAGGAUUUUCACUGGAGCUUCUACAACCACAGAAGUGGAUUCGUAUAAAAAGCAGCUUGCCUAAAAUCCAGCAUCUCAGCGGUUUCACUCAUUUUGAACCAAGUAAUUUAGAAUAGUUGUGUUAUAUGAUGUAUACCUUUAAAGAUGAUAAAAUCCUGAAGACAUAAUGAUCUAGGGGAAAGUGAAAAAUAAAAAGGAUACACGUGUACUGAAAGCCAAGUAAUGGAAAACCCUAGAUUCCAGUCUCCCCCUGACUUUUGAUUUUUUUCUCCUCUUGUGUGAUGCGUCAGUCUUUCCCAGUCCUUGAAUAGCACCCCACUUUUUUUUGUGCGUCCCGCACAAUCACAUAUUUCCCUGCUCCACCUUCUCAAUUCAGUGGUUGCUUUCUACCCAGAGUUCAGCCUGGCCGGCACAACCAUUCCAGCUAAAGGGGAGGAGGACUUCCUCACACUGGCAGCCUCACGGCUCAGCCGAAAGAAACGUGUCAUUGGGGCUGGAGUCGGCGUGGCCAUGGUUCUGGUCCUGCUGGUAGCCAUUCCCCUAUUGGUCCACACCACCAAGGGGGGAGGGUCCGGAGGAGGAGGCACGCACUAUGAGAUGUUGGGUAGCUGCAAGAUGGUGUGUGACACUUUCACCCCCCCACAGGGAGAGCUGACAGCUGUCUCCCCUCAGCCCCCGGACUUCUCAAACCGCAGGGGCAAACAGGGGUUCAGAGGAAGCCCUGGACUUCCUGGUCCUCCAGGUCCUAAAGGCCCCCCUGGAGAGCCCGGUAAGCCCGGCCCACCUGGCCCACCAGGGCCUGGACCUGGUGGUUACGGCCCUUCCUUCUACAGCCCCAAAAUUGCCUUCUACGCCGGCCUCCGGAAGCAACACGAAGGGCGUGAAAUACUCAAAUUUGACGAUGUGGUGACCAAUGUAGGGAACUACUAUGAGCCGAGUACCGGCAAGUUCACCUGCCCUCUGCCAGGUAUCUACUACUUCACCUACCAUGUCCUGAUGAGAGGAGGUGAUGGGACGAGCAUGUGGGCAGACCUGAAGAAGAAUGGACAGGUGAGGGCCAGUGCAAUCGCUCAAGACGCAGAUCAGAACUACGACUAUGCCUCCAACAGUGUUAUCCUGCACCUGGACGUGGGGGAUGAAGUGUGCGUGCAGCUGGAUGGGGGCAAAGUUCACGGGGGAAACACCAACAAAUACAGCACUUUCUCCGGCUUCCUCAUCUACCCUGACUGACAAUGUCCUCACAUUCCUAUACUCCCCCUCUGUAAUCAAGCAAAAAGUUUCAUCUCCUUUCUUCAUCUAACACUGCCAUAAUGUAAUUUGUCAUUUAACUGCCCUUCAGUAAAUGAAACAUUGUAAUAAUAUGACCACAGCUAAUAGAUAGAGCUUGAAGAGAAUUUGUGUAAAAAUGAGUAUAAUAUUGUACAUAUUACCAGAUAACAUUUACUCAAUAUAAUACACUUGUGUGAUCACUAUUAUGUGCCAUGUACAGUAUGUGUAAGCAUGGCUAAAACACAAUUUAAAUACAUCUUUUUCAUAUGCACACGUUUGCCUGUACACACGCGAGUGUCCACGCGUUAAGUGAAAUUUACUUGUCGUUCUGAGAGAGGAUGAUCGUCCCGGCCACCGCUCUGAAAUCAACUGGAAUGAUAUCUGAAUGUAGAUUGUCAACCGAAGUGUGCGGCCUUCUGCCUUUACCGUGAGAUGGAUUUUCAAUACGGCCGUAGACGUCAAACAAGAAAAGUCAUGAAUAUAUUGAUCAGAGCUUAUAUUAGAGCCAACUUUAUGGUCAUAAACCGGUGUGUUGUAUGUCUGUGUUGAUGCCGCAUACACGCCUGUGCUUGCCCUUUAUUUUGUGCUGAGGUGUAAAAGCAUCAUGUUACUAAUGGUAUGACUUGCACAGUCUCUGACUCCUGCAAUAGGGAGGAGGAGGAGGGCUUUUGAGAUGUUGAUAACAGACCUUUAACAAACCCAAUAUGUCAAUACUGAGAUUUAGCUUCGAGAUUUAUCCUGACGCCACCUCAUCAUAUCCUGCUAAUGAGCUGAGGCUUCUUCUACAGCCUCACCUGUUGGGUGACACACAAAUCUUUCCUCUUUAAAUAGUGAUAAUUUGGGAAAGAUUUUUCCAUAUGAAGAUCAUGGGAUGCAGUCGAAUAGCUGAAGUAGUUAGUUUGACAUGCUAUCUGCCCACCUUAAAUGUUGAGAUUGAUGGAUUGUGUUAAAAGCCGGCUGUCAUAGUGAGGUUUAGAAUUGAUAUUAUUUCUUUUUAGAGAGUCUCACAUGAAGGCUUCCAUAAUGUUCUACCCACUUCUUCAGUCAUGGCCACUAAAUUCGAUAGAUUGUGUUUUUUCUAUCUGCAGAAAUGUUUUUUUCGUGGCAUGGCUCUGCCGAGAAAUCAGUCUCUCCACCCUUCAACUCACAUAUGUGGAAAGCGUAAAGCAGGGAGAGCAGCAGGAAGACCCUCAUACAGAACAGAGCAGGCAUCAGUAACAACAGAUAGGACACUGAUGCAUGAUGGGAUGAGAGGUGGGUGGCAAAGCGGCUUGCAGAUGAGCAAGCUAAAGCAGCUUUUACAACACUAUCAGUUGAUGCUGACCGGCACCGAGAUCAGCUGAUGUGUCAGGACUGCAGCUGAGCUUGACUUCAUGGCCUGCCUGAGCCAAUGUUCUGCUGAAAUUGUGCAAUGGAUUUAAAAAAAGAGAGAGCCUCCCUACCUCCUCACAGCAGGCCAAUCACAAGAGUGAAGCGGUUGUAAAUGUGUGAUUGCAAGAAAAACUGUUUCCCAGUCUAGUUCCCAAAAUGUGAAGCUUUUUUCUUUUUAAUUUUAAUGUGAAUGUAUCCAUGUGAAAAAUCUCUUGAUGUUACUGCCAUGUGCCAUACCCAUAGGUUCUCUGUGCCUUAUACUAUCAAUUUAUUUUUAUUUUUUAUGCAUGAGAUGGUUUUCCCUUGUUAAGCUAAGUGAAGAAGAUGGUCCACGUCAUGCAAAUCGAAAUCAGACACAUUACUUAUAAGAGGGAUUGUCUUUACAAUGUUAGUGCAUACUCACUUAAUGAAAUGCACACGUUUAUGUUGCAAAUAGUGACUACGAAUCUUUGUGUGUAACUGGAUGUUACUGACCCUUGUAAAUAAAAGGCCACAAAACUAA